UACUCCAAAUUAUAGUAUCUAAAUUCAACGAUCCUAUUUGUCGUUUUUCACAGAGAUUCGGCCAAAAAGUCUGCAAUUUCCAUACUCUCUGCAACACCACACACUUGAAAUCCUCCUCCCCCUUUAUCGCCUCUUCUACUGCUUCAGGUUUCAUGAUCAAAAUCGAAACUUUUCAUCUGCUGUUUAUGGGGAAUUUCGAUUGAUAAUUGAAAUCCCAGUCCUUUUCAUUUCACCCUCACUAGCCCAUUUAUUCAGAUUUUUUUGAAUUUCUUCCUCAAAUUGACCGUCGCUAUCUGCUAAUUUCACCAGUCCAAUUGUGGGGUUCGAGCGAUGGGAUUUCUCAGUUGUCUUAAUCGUUCGAAAUUUCGGGGAAGUUGUAAUGGGCUCUGCGUAUUGGUAUUGCUUGUUUUCUUCGUGUAUAAAAACGGGGGUCCGUUUACAGAGAAGCCGUUGCUGAGCUAUCACCAGAAGACAGCCGUGAGCGAUGAUCGUCUUCAAAAUUCAUCGAUUGUUGACCCGAUCACGCAGGGGAGGAAUUUCCAAUCGAGCAAAAAUCCCACAAUUUGCACCGAAAUUUACCAGCAUAGUGGAUUUAGCACAGAAUGCGAGUAUUUGAGGGCUAAUCCAGACUGCAAUUCAGGAGGUUUUAUCAAUUACUUGAUUUUCUUUUACUGCGAUUGUGCAGAGGUUAAGCCUUUGGGGUAUUUAGUGUUAGGGAUUUGGUUGCUUGCGUUGUUCUACUUGUUGGGGAAUACAGCAGCUGAUUACUUCUGUUGUUGUUUGGAGAUGCUUUCAAAUCUGUUGAAAUUGCCCCCAACGGUUGCAGGGGUGACUCUGCUUCCGUUGGGGAACGGGGCUCCCGAUGUGUUUGCUAGCAUUGCUGCUUUUGCGGGGAGGGAUUCGGGCGAUGUGGGGCUGAAUAGUGUGUUAGGAGGGGCUGUUUUUGUGACCUGCAUUGUGGUUGGGACUGUUUCAUUGUGUGUAGCUGAUAAGAAUGUGCAGAUUGAUAGGAGGUGUUUUCUGAGGGAUGUGGGGUUUUUCCUCAUUGCCAUUGUGUCACUUUGGGCAAUCUUGUUUGUGGGUGAGGUGAGCCUUUGGGGGGCUAUAUUGUUUGCCUUGAUAUACGUGUUUUACGCCAUCUGUGUUGCUGCGAACGAGCUAUUGAGGAGCCGCGAGAGGGUGUUGUUGAUUUCGGAUGGUGGGAGCUCGAGGCCUUUAUUGCCACUUUGUAGGAACGCAGAGGUGGAUAUUGAGCAUCCCUUGCUAGAGUCUGGUGAUGGUGUGCCGUAUCUUGAGAAAUCGAGGCUUCCCCAUUGGAUGUGGUCGUCGCAUGUCGCAAUUUACUCCCACGAGCCUGGUAAAAAUGGUGAUGGUGAAAGUGAAAAGGUUUUGUGGGGUUGGAAUGAGGAGGAGGAUAGUAGGUGUGAGCGGCCGUGGUGCUCUUGGUCCGGUCUUUGUAAGUUGCUAGAGAUGCCGUUGGCCAUCCCUAGAAGGCUGACCAUUCCCAUUGUUGAGGAGGGAAGGUGGUCGAAAACAUGUGCUGUUUGUAGCGCGUUUCUUGCGCCCAUUUUAGUAGCGUCUGUCUGGAGCUCUGCUAACACAACUGUAUGCCUCAUUGGUGCUGCAGUUGGGGCAACGCUUGGCCUCCUCGCGCUUAUAUUCACCAGUACUGAACAUCCACCUACACAACUAUUGCUCCCAUGGGUUCUUGGGGGAUUCGUGAUGAGCAUUGUCUGGUUCUACAUGAUCGCGAAUGAGCUUGUGGCCUUGAUGGUGGCACUCGGUGUUAUCAUGAGGAUCAAGGCGUCGCUGCUGGGGCUGACCAUCUUGGCAUGGGGCAACUCGAUGGGUGACCUAAUGUCGAAUAUGGCCAUAGCCCUGAACGGGGGACAUGGCGUGCAGGUUGCUAUGUCCGGGUGCUAUGCUGGGCCGAUGUUCAACAUCUUGGUUGGGCUGGGUGUCUCGUUGCUCAUCGGAGCUUGGUCCAAGAAACCAGCAUCCUACGUGGUGCCUGAGGAUAGCACUCUCUACUACACGCUCGGUUUCCUAACCGUAGGGCUCGUUUGGGCGCUCGUUGUCUUGCCACGGAACGAUAUGCGGCCUACGAGGCUGAUGGGGAUUGGCCUAAUGGUGAUCUACUUGGGAUUUUUGAGUCUGAGAGUUUGCAUUGCUGUUGGGGAUGGAUCAAUCACUUGAUGUGGAAAAAGUGUUGCUAAUUUUAAGUGUGUUGUGUUGGAUCUUUGCAAUAUGUGGAAUUAGAUAUUGUGUAUACUUUGAAGUUUCCAGUUUUGAUUAGUUAGAUUUGGUUUGGGUAGAAGUAGAGCUAACUAGUGUUUGUAUAUAAAUGAAAUGUUGAAGGGGUGUGUGCUUAGGUCAGCGGGUAUGUUAGUAAUUGAAUGCAAUCCUAAAAUAGGAGUUUCUAUUUAA